GUUGUUUUGUAAUGUCAAGGGAAAUACUCACUAGGCUGAGUCUCUUUAGCAAUCCCACAAGAAGCGGCUUUAAAUUUGAGAAAUGACUGAUAUCCAGCUUUCAAAAGAAUCAGAAGAUGUUCGACUAGUUACGAGAAUAGAAAGAAUCGGGGCCCAUAGUCAUAUUCGGGGACUUGGUCUAGACGAUGAUUUACAACCGAGAUCAGUUUCUGAAGGUUUGGUUGGUCAAAAGUCUGCUAGAAGAGCGGCUGGCUUAAUUGUCGAAAUGAUCCGCGAGGGCAAAAUUGCUGGUAGAGCAGUUUUGAUUGCUGGCCAACCGGGAACUGGGAAAACCGCUUUAGCAAUGGCUAUGGCACAAGCUUUGGGGGAAAAUACACCUUUCACGAGCAUGGCUGGAAGUGAAAUUUUCUCCUUGGAAAUGAGUAAAACUGAGGCUUUGACGCAAGCUUUCAGAAAGUCUAUCGGUAUUCGAAUUAAAGAAGAAGCAGAGAUUAUCGAAGGAGAAGUUAUCGAAUUAAAUAUUGACAAACAUCCAUCAGGAACUAAAUUGGGCAAAAUGACUUUAAAAACAACUGAUAUGGAAACAUCAUACGAUAUUGGUCAAAAGAUGAUGGAUUCUCUUAUGAAGGAGAAAGUUGACGCCGGCGACAUUAUAUGCAUCGAUAAAUCUUCUGGUAAAAUAACGAAAAUUGGACGAUCUUUCACUAGAGCAAGAGAUUACGAUGCAUCGGGUAUGCAAAUUAAAUUUGCACAAUGUCCCGAAGGUGAACUUCAAAAGACUAAAGAAGUCGUCCAUACUGUUAGUUUACACGAAAUUGACGUCAUCAACAGUAGGACUCAAGGAUUUUUAGCUUUAUUUGCUGGCGAUACUGGAGAGAUAAAAAGUGAAGUUAGAGAACAAAUCAACACAAGAAUAACCGAGUGGAGAGAGGAGGGAAAAGCUGAAAUUAUCCCGGGAGUUUUGUUUAUUGAUGAAGUUCAUAUGUUGGAUAUUGAAUGUUUUUCCUUCUUAAAUCGAGCUUUAGAAAGUGAAAAUGCUCCAGUUCUUGUUAUGGCUACCAAUCGUGGUAUUACUUGGAUACGUGGAGCUGAUCAUAAAUCUCCUCACGGCCUUCCUUUAGAUCUUUUGGAUCGUUUAGUUAUUAUAUCGACAUCUCCAUACAAAUUCGAUGAAAUAGAAGAAAUCUUAAAGAUAAGAGCUGAAGAGGAGGACGUUAUGCUUAGCGACGAAUCGCUUGCUAUUUUGGCGAAAAUUGGUGAAGAUACUUCUCUUCGUUAUGCUAUGCGAUUAAUAACGUUUGCUGAUUUGGUUUGCAAGAAAAGGAAAGGAACUGAAGUUGAGAAAGAAGAUGUUCAAAAAGUCUACACGAUGUUUUUGGAUGAAGAGAGAUCAAGUGAAUAUUUGAAAGAAUAUCAUGACGAAUAUAUGUUUUCGGAGAAGGUUGAGGUAUCGAACGUAAGUAACUAUAGGAUCAAUAGGAACGGCAACAUGGCGGAAGAACUGGAAGAGGAGAUAAAGAAUAGAUUAAACAAUUUUUCUGACGAAAUGCAACGUUUUGGCACCACUAAGGGUUUCAAAAAUUUUGCCAUGUAUUCCAGAGGUAAAGAGGAGUUAGUUAUAUCUGUAGUAAACGAACCAAAAGAUAUAGAUAACAAAUAUACGAGUCCACCAAUAAGUCCAGUUAGUCUAACAAGUGGUUCGACGUCACGCCGAACGAGCUUUUCGGUAAAUUUUUCGUCAUCGAUUACGUCUAGAAAUCUACCAUACGAUAAAAGAUCGUUAAUGCUCUCUGCUGCAACGCAAAUAAAGCUUGGUAGAAGGGAUGAAGAAGUGGGCUUACCGCCAGCAUCUCCCAGUGAUCAUGAUCAAACAUCAAUGCAAGAAAAUACAACACUUUUUCUCUUGGGGGCCUAUGUAAGAUAUAAUAAUCCAUACGUUUGGAUUCGAACUAACCACGAAAGGCUAAUAAGUCUUAGCGGCUUUAAACAAUCGGAUAAGGAUUCGCCAUUAAAGUUAAAAUCAACAAGUAAUUGGUUUUCUAAAGAUUUUAAACCAUGGCAUUGCGUAGAAGAGAUUGUACGGCUUUGUACUUAUCCCCCACCAAUCAAUCCAUUUGAGAUAGAUAGAGGAUAUUUUACGGAAUUACCUUUGGAUAAACGAAUAGUUGCCGAAGGUGCUAUGAUAUCAAUUUUAACAGAUAUUGUUAAUACUGCUUCUGACGGUAAACCGUAUAUAUCUAAAGUUAUUAAUAUACCUUUAUUAUUGAUUGGCUUUGCAAUACUUAUACUGGCAUCUUUAAUAAUUGGUUGGAAGGAGUAUAAGUUUUUAAUUCAAGCAUCAAACGAAGCUGAUUCCAGUGAAUCAAACUCAAUAAAAGUCAUAGGCGUUUGUGUGACUAUUAUUGGAUUAAUUUUAUUCAUGACCGGUUUAUUUAGUGUAGUUGGAUCGGUUACUGUUAAUCUUAAAGUGCUUCUCUUAUCCAUUAUUACAAAUACGUUGUUUGCGUGCUCGUUGAUUAUGAUUAUUGCAACUAUAAAUAUCAGCAAUCUAAUCCAUCCCCUUAGAGAACCAUUUAGCAUAUUAGUAAAGAACAUUUACGGAAAGUGGAGGGAUGAGCACGGCGCAAAGUUGUGGAGGGAUCGCAUAGAUUAUUUGCAGUAUUCAUUAAAAUGUUGCGGCUUCAAGUCCCUUAUUGAAGAAUAUGGUAAUUCAACUGUUCCGGAUUCGUGCAGUAAGCAAUAUGCUUAUCAAACAGAAACGUCUAGUAUAAAGAAAAAGGCUAUUCUUGAUCUUAUUGAUAACGUUAUUGUUGCAAAUGUUGCAACUUUGAAUCACUAUGAAGAAAAUUUGAUAAAGGCGUUUGCAACGAUUGAAAGUGAUGAAAAAUUGAUGCUAGAAUGGAAGCAGAACGUUGAAAUGCAAAAGAAUUAUAAAGUUCCCAACUUUCCAUUUCAAUGUUCGACUCAAAAUAUGAGUGGCAAUCCCCAAAAUGUUCACGAAUUAAAACCUGGAGAUAUAAAUGCUAUUGCUGCUUUUGGUGAUUCUGUUACUGCUGGAAAUGGCAUUCACGCUCAAAUAUUACCAGAAGUAGCUUUACAAGUUCGCGGAGUGUCUUGGAGUAUUGGAGGAGAUAAGUCUCUCGAAGAGCAUGUGUAUACAAUCACAAAUAUUUUAAAAAAGUACAAUCCAAAUAUUAAGGGAUAUUCAACUGGUAUUGGAUGGGAUUGGGAAGAAAAUUCGUGGUUAAAUGUUGCUGUUCCUGGAGGAAAAGCAAGAGAUUUCCCAGAUCAAGCUGAUGAAUUAAUACAAAGAUUCAAAAGAGAUUCAAGAAUCGAUUACCUCAAUGAUUGGAAAUUAAUAACCCUCUUUGUUGGUGGAAAUGAUCUGUGCCAGUAUUGCUUUAAUAACGAAAGUUCUAGUCCAGCUAAAUUUGUUGAUGAUUAUAGAGUUGCCUUGGACAAAUUACACGCAGAAGUUCCAAGAGCUUUGGUUCAAAUUGUACCCAUGUUUGAUGUCAGUCCCAUUCGCCAUCUUAGUACUGGCUUUAUCUGCGAUAUAUUCCAUAGUGUUGUGUGCUCUUGUGGAAUUAAUGAAGAGACAAGGCCUCAAUUACGACCUGUGCAAUUGGCAUACGCUAUAGGGUUACGAAAUCUUAUUAGCUCUGGAAGGUACGAUACUCGUAAUGAUUUUACCGUCGUUUAUCAACCUUAUUUGAGAGAUUUGAAACCACCUAGAGAUCCUAAUACAGGAGAAUAUGAUAAAUCUCUCUUUAGUCCUGAUUGUUUUCAUCCAAAUGAAAAAGGACAUUCGUACUUUGCAGUAGGCCUCUGGAAUCAAAUGUUGGUAAAGGUUGGACAAAAAAGACCUGAUGUACAAAUUGAAGAGGUUACGGCAAUAAAUUGCCCUAAACAGGAAUAUAAUGGAAUCUUAGAAUCUCCAACGGGAACUGGUAAAACUCUAUGUUUGUUAUGUGGUACUUUGGCUUGGCUUGAAUUGAAGAAGGCUCAAAUUCAAAGUAAGAGGAAUGGCGUCGAUAAUCCUUUAAAUGAAGGAGCCAUUCAACUAGAAAAAGAUUUAGAUGUUGGAGCAGGGAUCUGGAAUAAGGAAACAAAUGCUCCCAAAGUUAUAUUCGCUUCAAGAACCCACUCUCAAUUAGCUCAGGCUAUUCAGGAACUCAAAAGAACAGCAUAUAAACACUUGAAAGUAGCUAUUCUAGGUUCCAGAGAUCAGUUGUGUAUACAUCCUCAAGUAUCUCAAGAGCAAAGUAAUACUGCGAAAGUUCACAUGUGCAGAGCUAAGGUUCAAAAUAAGCAAUGCUUUUUCUAUAAUAAUGUAGAUGCAAACGAAUCACAUUUUAUUAAUUCAAAAACUGUUCUGGAUAUUGAAGAUUUGACUAAAAUGGGAAAAAAAUAUAGAACAUGUCCUUAUUAUACUGCAAAGAAAUUAAAAGCUAAUGCAGAUGUUAUCUUCAUGCCUUACAACUAUCUUCUAGAUCCAAAGCUUAGAAAGAUGCAUGGAGUAGAAUUGGCAGGGAAUAUAGUAAUAUUUGACGAGGCUCAUAAUUUGGAAUCUAUUUGUGAAUCGAGUGCAUCUACUGAAAUAAGUUCAACUGAUAUUGCCGCAUGUGUUCGAGAAAUUUCCAACCUAUUUAAACAAAUGGAAGAUUUUGCAACAUUAAGUGAAAGAGAUGAUAUAUCUUCAUCCGAACUUCCUAUGCCUUCCGAAGAGAAUUUUAACCUGAAAGACCUUUUAGAUAUCAAAGAAAAAUUGCUAAAAUUGGAAGAAUUUAUACAAAAUGUCAAUUUAACUAGAGAUAAUGAAUGUAUUAAGGGAUCCUAUUUUAUUUUUGAAUUUCUUGAAUACGCCAACAUAAGAAUAGAAUCAAAAGAUACUAUUCUAAAUCUUGUUGAUAGUAUUUUAACAUAUACUUCCUCUCCAAGUUUUAGUAUGAAGAGUCAAAUGAGAUGUACGGGAUUAGGGAAAUUUAGUGAUUUUUUAAAGAUUGUAUUUAACGAUUCACCAAUUAAACAAAACGAUAAAAGCUUAAAGGAACGAGUUUCCGCUCAUUACAAAGUUUUCCUUUGUGAGAAGGUAAAAACGAAAAAUAGAGAAGGAUUUAGUGCUAUGAACUCCGCCCAAGGUGGUAGAACAAUAUCAUACUGGUGCUUUAAUCCUGGUUAUGCGAUGAAAGAGCUUGUUGAUAGAGAAGUUAAAUGCAUUAUACUAACAAGCGGAACGCUUUCUCCUCUAUCCUCUUUUAAAACGGAGAUGGCUAUACCAUUCGAAAUUGAACUCCAAAACGAUCACGUCAUAGACUCAUCUCAAAUAUUCGUAUCUGUAGUAACGAGAGGACCGGAUAGUAUUCAGCUAAAUUCUAAAUAUACAAAUAGAGAGAAUGACAAGUAUAAGUCUUCUUUGGGAAAGACUAUAACAAACUGCUGUCGCCUGGUUCCUCAUGGUGCUCUAGUUUUUUUUCCAAGCUAUUACGUAAUGGAAUCAAAUAUUAAAUUUUGGACUGCAGAGAAUUCAUUUCAAAAACUCGAUGGAAUUAAGAAAAUCCACACAGAACCACGAACUAAAAAUGAGCUAACAAGCGCAAUGAAUUCCUACUACGAGCAUAUUAAUAAUAAGGUUGGCGGUCUCUUUAUGGCCGUUUGUCGUGGUAAGGUCAGCGAAGGAUUAGAUUUUGCUAAUGAUAAUGGCAGAGCAGUUUUCAUUACUGGAAUACCAUAUCCUGCAAAAAACGACCCAAGAGUCGUUCAUAAAAUGAAGUAUUUGGACGAAUCAAAUAUAUCAAAGAAACAAGGCUUAACCGGAAACGACUGGUAUAAUUUACAGGCUACUAGGGCUGUUAAUCAGGCUAUUGGUCGUAUUAUUCGUCAUAAAAAUGACUUUGGCGCUAUUAUUCUAUGCGAUGAAAGAUUCGCCGAUAAGUCAAGAAGGUCCCAAUUACCAUUAUGGAUUCAACCUAAAGUUCAGGUUAUCGAUAAUUUUGGUACUGUUGUUAAAGAAUUAAGGAGCUUUUUUGAAAAAACUAAAGAAAUAAAAACAGAAAUAAAGAGAUCUGUUCCAAUUAGCAAUGAAGAUAUUGGAGCUAAUAGGACUCUUGUUGAGAAAAAAAUAAAAAGAGAAUUUUCCAAUUUGCCUGGUGCUUUUGAAAAUGUUGAUCAUCUCAAAGGAGUUGAUUUAAACGAUGCUACAAAAAGCUACGGACACGGGCUCAGAUGCGAAUCAUCUGAUUCUAUCUUUUCUCCAUUUACUGACAAGGUUUCGACUGAUGUUAUCAACUUCAGAGACCGUCCUAGAAAGAGAGAAAGAACCGAUAAAAGGGCUAAAAAUUGCGAAACUGCCGAAGGUUUAUUAGGAGCUUUGAAAGAUAACUUGGCUAAGGAAACUUACGAUAAAUUUAGACGUGAGCUGGAUAGUUUUACGAAAUCUAAAGACUUUUCAGUCUUUUCAAAUGUCCUUAGAGAGAUAUUUACUGGAAAUAACGCCUUAUUUGAUGUGUUUAAGGGGUUAUUCUCAUUUUUCCCAACGGAAUUUAGGGAAGAAUACAAUCAAUUAUUCAAGAGCAUUACUGGAAAAAGACUGGCUAUUGAUCCUCAAAAAAUUAAGAAAAAUGAAAAUAGCCAGAGUAGUCAAGAAACUAAAAAGGAACCUGACGGAGAAGAAAACCGCAAAGUUGAAGAUGUUGAGCAGGCUAACGAGACAGAAGUAAAAAGUUGUGAGAUUAUAGAUAAUGAAGGUGAUAAUAAUACAAAUGUAGAGGAAUUGUGUCGACUAAAAGUUGAAAAGAGUGAAGAAAGGGAUAAGCUUAAAAUAAGCAAAGGUUACAACUGUAAUCUGUGUACUAAGAGCGCUGUUGCACCUCUGAAAAACAAAUGUGGUCACGUAUGCUGCUAUAAUUGUUGGAAAAGCCUUAAAAAAGAUAAAAGAUUCUGCCCUGGUUGUCCACCCUCCUGCCGCGAUAAGAUAAGAUAUAAGAACUUAUCCAGGAUUUAUUUCCUUAACCCGGAAGUCUUCAACGAAAACCCAUAA